AUGACAACAUUUUACGAUUUAGACCAAGAAGACAUUUAUAGACUAUAUUUGAAGGACAAAUUAGAGAAAUACGGCGCAGUUAAAAUAUAUUUCGGAUCGAGAUGGAAUAUUCUAAUUUCUAAACCUGAAUUUUUGUCUAUUAUUUUCAAAAAGGAAGAUAUUUUUGCCAAGGCUGGUAAUCACCUUAAAAUACCAUAUAGUGUCUUAGCUGAAUAUACCGGUGAAAAUGUCAUUAGUGCUCACGGAAAAAUUUGGAAAGUUUUCAGAAAUACUGUCACUAGGGGGUUAACUGUUUUUGACAGCGAGCCAUUGUUUAAAAAUGCCAAAAUUUUCACAUCCUUGAUAUAUAAUAAAUUGGAAAAAACUACUGCUACUACUACCAAGGAUACUAGCUCCUCGUUGUCCUCAUCAUAUAUCAAUAUUUUGGAUGGUGUUAACAUCACACCUCAAGCAAACAUCUUCAUGCCUGAAUUAAUUCAAAGGUUAACAUUGGCUAAUAUUUCACAAAUUGCUUUGGGGUUUGAUUUUGGUACCUUAUCUCAAGAUAAUCCACCACUUCAUUCACAACUAAAACAAGUAAAAGCUGAGAUAUUCCAACCAUUGUAUUUGAAUUUUCCAUUUUUGGAUCUACUACCUAUCCCCAACAGAAUUAAAGCUAGAAAAAAUGUUUUGAAGUUUAAACAAAAUGUUGUUAAUCAUGUUGAAAAAAAUCUAAUUUCUAACUAUAAUUUUGAACAAACCCAAUUUCCAUCUUCCGAUUUAAUCAGGGCUUAUAGAAAUGAUGACAUUACCGAAAAACAAUUAACAGACAACAUGAUGAUUAUGUUAAUUGCUGGCCAUGAGAAUCCUCAAUUGUUAUUGACCACGACAUUGUAUCUCUUGGCUAAAUACCACUCAACAUGGCAAACAAAAUUAAGAGCUGAGCUUUUUGCCACAGACUAUUAUUUACUUUUUAAUCACGAUAAAAAAGUUAGUGUUUUGAAUUCGUUACCAGUGUUAACUACGUUCAUUUACGAAUCUAUAAGAAUGUAUCCACCCUUGAGUCAGAUUAUCAACAGAUGUACCACCCAAAAAUGUAUGUUAGGCCCAAAUAUAGUCAUUCCUGCAAAUGCUUAUGUUGGAUACAACGUAUAUGGCACUGGUAGAAGCCCACAGGCUUGGGGUAAAGAUGCUAAUGAUUUUAAACCAGAAAGAUGGGGGGAAACAAUAGACGAUAUAACAUCCACUUGGAAACAUGCAAAAAACUCAUCUAUUAUGAGCGCUUUCCAUGGUGGAAGAAGAGCCUGUUUGGGUGAAAAAUUGGCUUUUUUGGAAGUUAAAGUUACUUUAGCUGAAUUAUUGCGUUCUUUUGAAUGGGAAUUAUCUGAUGAUUGGGUGGAAAAAAUGACGCCUGCUGGCCCUUUAUGCCCAUCCAACUUGAAAUUGAAGUUCAAAAGUAUUUAUGGUGAAUGA